AUUACAGUCCAUAUGGAACACACAAUGCAUGGGGAGGUUCACCAUACUCACCCCAUCAAAAUGUACCUUCUCAGGGACGGCUUGGUGACAGGGAGAGAUUAUCUAUGACAGACAUUGCUAACCAUGGGAAAUCUUUGCCAUCAUCUGAGAGAGAACAGCAGCUUCGUCUUGAACUACAGCAAUUAAACCAUCAGAUAAGUCAGCAGACACGAGGACUUGAGGCAGUUAGUAACAGGCUGCUGUUGCAGAGGGAAGCGACCCCUUUGGCAGGCCAACCACAGGCCCCACCGCCACCUCCUAAGUGGCCUGGAAUGAUCUCAAGUGAACAGCUGAGCUUGGAGCUGCACCAGGUGGAGAGGGAAAUCGGGAAGAGAACCCGGGAGCUAAGCAUGGAGAGCCAGUCUUCAUUGGAUAUAAAAAACAAAGCGAAUGCUAGUAAACAGACUGAAAAUGGACAGCAAGGCAAAGUACCACCUGAAGAUCUUUCUCUAACAUUCAGUGAUCUUCCAAAUGGAUCUGCCCCAACCCAAGAAAUUAUAGGCCUUCUGUCAAACAAAACUACAGCUCUGAACUUGUCAGAGGACACCGACACAGUAGCAGGUGACCAGGAUACCCAGAGAACCGGAGCAACGCCCACCUCUGCUCCUUGAAGGAACAAAACUAUCCCUCCACUUCUGUCGGGGGUCACCUUUUCCCAUCCUUGGAUUGAUGAAAGACGCUGAGCAAAAGUCUUCAACAAUAGCAAGUCUGAGACAAUGUGCACAACACCACUACUAGGAACAAACCCUGCACAUAGUUCACAUUAACACAUUUUUUAAUUAAAAAAAUGAAAAUUAGCAGUAUCUGCAAACAACUCAAAUUAAAUUUGUUUUUGUUCUGUGAAUGAACUUUAUUUUAAUAACUUUGGAUGCCUUGAAUGCCAGGGCUUUAAAAGAAACAGAUAUUAUAUAUACAUAAAUAUAUAUAUGUACACACUCACACACAAACACACACACAUUUUACACACACAGACACACAUUCUUUCUUUGAUUAAUUGUAUGAUCUAAUGGAAUAGACUUUCUGUUUUAUUUUGGUAUUAUUACAUACCCAGUGUAUCAUUUACUUUUCUAAAUGUUCUUCAUUCUCCCACUAGAACAAGCUCAUUCACAAUUUUUUUUUGUGAUUUUUAAAAAUAAAAUAAGGUGUUGAGAUGGAGGAGAAAACUCUAAAUUAUCCCAAAUCUGUACCUCUCUUACAGAUAUUGUCAUAACUUUUUGUUAAUUUAAGAUUGUGAAGGAUUUACCAUUGGAUUUGAAAUCAAACUUUUUUAUCGGACCCCGAAAGCUUCAAGGAGUAGCAAUAGUUACUCAGUUUUAAAAGUGAAUUGAAAUUUGCUGUCCUGCAUAAACUAGCUAAGAAGCAUUGAUUACGACAUUUGUGACAUAGAGCUGAAGUGUUUCAUUUGCAUAAGUAAGCUUAAACAACCCACCCACCCCCAAAAGAACUGCAUUAAAACAGAAUCUAGAAACUAGUAUAAAAUGACUUCAGAUGGGAUAAAGGAGCAAAAAUUAGUGUAGUGUCUUCUUUCACAUGUCUGAACUGCAAUUUCUGUAUCAUCCUAUAUCCUUGGAGGAGGCAGGUAUGUUGGAUGAUUCUCUGAUGCAAGAGAAUUUUGGAAUCUGCCUGAGAUGCAAGGUGAUAAAUUCUAUUUUAUACAUUAUGGGAAACAUAAAAUAGGUUGUAACAAUAUUCUCCUUCCUGUUUAUUUUGCAUCCAAAGCUAAUAAUACCAUGAUUGGUCAGCAUUAUCUUUCAUGGCAAAACUGAAUCUUUGAAACUCAAGAUUUUGGAGUUUAACAAAAAAAAUGGUUCCGAAAAAAAAUAAAUCAUGUUAAUUUCAGCGAGUCCAUUAUAGAAGCAGCAACCUUCCAAGUGUGUAUGAAAUGAAAACACUUCUUAGCUCUGCAAAUGCACGUUCAUUUAUCACAUUUCUUAAAAUGCACAGAUAUGGUCAUAUACAUACGUGCAAAUUUGACUUUUCUCCUCCUCUCUCCAUUUUACUGGCAUUAAGUUAAGGUGCCUAUGUGGAAAAUCUGAAAGAAAAUUCUUGCAUCCUUUCUCUGUAAUUACAUUUUUCAAUUUCAAAAUGCACUGGCUGUGUAAUAAGUUGAAGCAUUGCUUUGGUUGGGUAAAAGCAAAUGUUUAUUAAUCUUGUUCUAGAUUGCUUUUCUUCCCUUAAAAAUCCUUUGAGGUUAAAACAUCUUUUUCUAUCCAUUUUAUUCUUAAAUAUAUUGUGAGCAUACAUGCCCCCUUUUGCCUACCAGUAGGAAGAGUCAAAAUAGAGACAUCUGCAAGUACGGAUUAUUUAAUAUAGUUACCUAGUCAAGGUGUUGCAUUUUUACAUUAUUUCAAAACCUGGCUGGCCAAAAAAAUUAAUGCCCACAUUGCCUUGGGAUUUGAGCAUUCAUUUAAAGAAAAAAAACUAAAAUAUGUACAUGUGUGCAUGCUUACACAUAAGCACAUGCGUGCACAUAAACAUUUUUGUGUCUGUACAUAUGAUAUUUAAGGAUAUUUCCUCACGAUUACCGCUACUUUAUAGCAUCCAGGACCUGGAAGCACUCUGUGUGGUGUGUCUUUUGUGUAUGUAUAUAUGUGUAUGUAUAUGUGUUCAUAUACGUACAAACACACAUACAUACACACACUCCCUCUCUCUCUCUUAAAAGACAUUUAAUUCUCUUUUCUUUGAUUUAUUUAAUUCUGUAUCAAAAAUCACUUGAUAUACAGAAUUUUCCCUUCUUUUCAUACUACCACCCAGUCUUUCACUGUCUUAGAAGAAAGUGGAAGAAAAACUUUUCUUUAGGUUCUCACUUAAUGUUCUUCAUGUACUCUGUUAUAUCUUUCCUGUUUUCUUUCUGAAGUAAACUAAUGUCAUGGCAUAAUUAAAGAAAGUCUGCCUAUGUAAAUUAUUUGUUUUGCCAUGUCUCCAAUAUAAAAAGUCUUUUUAGUGAAUCAGGCUCACUAUUCCCAAUAUAAGGCCAUUCUUAAAAGUGUUCUCUUCCAAAGAAAAUCCAACUUGAAAUAACAGAAAAAUUGGCUUCCAUCUAGAUAUGCCAAGCAGAAAACUCCCUAUAAAAGUUUUAGAAAUGGAAGACUGAACAUUUUUCAUACUUUUAACUAUACUCAGACAUAAGUAUGGAAGAGUUGGGAUUGUAAUGACAAACCAUCCUCUCUUUACAUUAAUCCAUUCUUUAGACCAUUUAUAGCACGUCUGUGCCUCUAGAUAUUGUAUAUGCUUAGGCCCAUAUUUUGUACACAUGCAUAUUCUUCAUGUUGUACAUACAAUUAUUUUACAUAUGUACAUGUACAUAUGUUCAUAAAGCACUAGGCAAAAAAGUGUGUGGAAGUUGCUGUUGUUAACAUUGAGAAAUCUCUGCUAUAAAAUUAAAUGCUUCGAAUCUGAGCUAACAAGACCUCCCAUUAUUUUCCUGUACUUGUACUUUGCGCGCAGUGCCCUAUCUAGGUUAAUGCCCUUUAUGUAUAAGCAAAUAGUUUCUGUUUAACCUUUGCAGAGCACUUUGAUCUUGGCUUAGUUUCCUGUUUUCUUUUUUAGGAUCUAGAGAACAAGUUAAAGUGAGGAGCAUGUAAAGAACUAUCUGAUUUUCAUACAGAACAAUCUAUAAUACUGUAUUCUCUGGUGUCUUUUUUAAAAACUAGCUUUUUCAAGUCUUUGUGUUAAAACCCCAUAAAAUUUCCAUUUGUGAGCAGAAUUCAGGUUGAUGUGGAAACAAUGACACUUUGGUCCUAUAAAGCCAUCCUCAUGAACCUUGGCAUUACCUUUACAUUCUAGAUUUUGAUUUUUUGCAGGCCUGAAAGAAUAUUUGCCUCCUGUCCAUUAGAAAAGCGGAAACAAGCCAAAUACACAUGCAUGGCUGUGUUAUGAUCAUAGCUGAACUCUUAAAUAUCUGUCACACUUCAUUUAGACUGCUUGUGGAGCUAUAAUACAUUUUUUUCUGAGAAUUGUUGAAUGACAUUCAUGGUUAUGAUCAAUAUCUUUUUUCUUUAGAAUAUCAAUAUCACUCUCAUCCAGCUCUGCUAUACAUAAUAAAGAGCAGUAUGUUAUUUUUUAAAAACAUAUUUUAUUUUAAACUCGGCUGGAAUACACUGAAUUGUAUGAAAUAGGUUGUUCUUUAUACUAGGAUGCUGUGGCAUCACAAGCAAAACUCGUAUUGUGUACUUAAAUUUAAAAAAAAACAUUUGAGAGAUACUAAAAUAUUUAACCUCAAGCACGUUUUAUGAAGGACUUAGGUCAUUUUUAAAAAAAUAAAGCAAAACCCAGAUUUCAGAAUAUCAAUUCAGUAAUGCUUAAUUCAGCGCAUGCAAUUCAGACUUCCAGAUUAAAUGUGUUUGGCUAAUUAGGAUCUGUGAGAUCCAUUUGAACGCUGCUUUUUAAAUUCUUCUUCUCUCUACAUCGCUCCUUUGUAUGUUCCCAUCACCCUCCCUUUUUCAUGCACCAGGUAACAGCAUGUUGCCUCAAAAUAGAGCAUUCAGAUGAAUUUGAGUACCCAAUAACUUCUAUGAAGUUGCAUUUCCUUAUGGUGUUAUUACUCAGUGAUGCAUAAAUGUGAUAUUGCCCCUACUUGUAGGCAAAUGAGGGGUCUGUAUAAAUAUGGAAAAUACCCUAUUCACUUAAGGAGAGCCAAAGACUUGUGCUUUACUCUUGGUUUGAUUGUUGUUGUUUUUCUUUCUUUCUUUUUUUCUAAUCAUUUUAUUACAAUAGCCAGUUUCGAUUGAAAAUCUUUUGUUUUCAAACCUUAACAGUGGUAAAUAGAUAUAAAAAUUCUUGACUGUCAAGUCUUAUAAAAUGUAUUCUAUGAUGAUGACUUAUUAGCUCAUUUCAGAAGUGCUAUGUUAAGCAUCAUUACAUUUGCAGCCAUUUACCUUAAUUACUUUACCUUUUAAAAAGAUAUGUGAAUGUUGUCCCAACACACUUAGAUUUAUAAUGUACAAAAAGUGUUUUUAGAAGAAACAUUGUUUAUUUUCAUUGUUCCUGCUUGAAAUUUUCUGUUGAAUUGUACUAGAAGUAAAUAUGAGGAAA